CAGAGGAAACUAGUUUAUCUUACAACAAGAAGCACUAGCUAGCAACGACGCAGUUCUUGCAGCAACUCAUUUUUUCCUCUCGUUAAUCCUAACAUUAAGCUAAUUGGGCUGAUUUUUAAUUUAGCUAUUUUUAAGAGACUUUUUGUGCUUUAAUUCCGUUACUCUAGUCGCUGCUGCUUUUUGGCUUUCGUACUAUGGAUAAUCUGGGCCGAUUUAAAUGAUGAUUCAGGAGCCGAAAAAGUGGAAUCCCAGAUUUGGCGAGGAAAGUAUUUAACGUAAUAUUUAUCUGCUCGUCCUUCGUUGAAAAUCAGAAUUGCCUCCGGGAAUUGGCGGAAAAGACAUAUGCCAUCAAGCCAAUGAAGGACUUGACGUAAAUAAAAGAGGAAGUAUAAAAUAUAGUCUUCCAGGAAGAAGAAGAGAUGAUUUCCGUUGAGAGAUAAAAUACAUAAAUCAUUCUGCCAUUAUUUGAAGAAUAAAUGCAUAAUAAAACAAAACAAAUUCUGUAAUUAAGAGGUAUAAGAUUCAGAUAUACAACUUAAAACAAAAAUCUGAAGCGUUAAAUUAGCAUAGCGGAUAUCACAUGCUUAGAAUUAAUAUUAUUCAAACAAAAACUUUGGACUGCUGCUCUCUCAAACAUUUUAUCUGUUCUUUUACUGAUGAUAAAAAGGAAUAGCAGCUGCAUUUCGAGCUGAAGUAGCCACUCCAACCUUCCAAACCGUCAAGAAUGAAAUCAUGAGCGAAAAAGAAUUAAAAAUGUUGUCAUUAUCUAAGGAAUGAAUGCACAAUAAAUAGAACAAUUUAUGUAAUUAAAAGAUAUAGAAUCAUUUAUACAAAGCGUGCUAAUCUCUCAAACAUUUCAGCUAUUCUUUUGCAGCUGAUAACAAUGGAGAAGCAGCUGCGUUUCAUGUUGAAGUUGUCGCUCCAGCAAAUGGCUCUUAGAAGAGUGGUUGUCAACUUGUGUAAUGAAACUGAUGUUUUAACUUUGAUCGAGAACUUGCGACCCAAGUGGUUUCUUCACCAUGAAUUAGAAGAAGUGAUCGGACCAACCGUUGAAGCGGUUAAAGAUAAAGUGUCUAAACUUGAAUUGCUUGAGUCGCUGAAAAAGAGAAUGGGGCAUUUAAUCAGACCUGUUGUUUUAGAUAUAUUAGACUGGAAAACAUGCCACGAAAAAUUUUUAAACAAGUCAAAUGAGCAUCUCGAUGUGAGUAUUUUAGAGCUGUUGUGUUGGACAUCUGCAGGUGCGAUAGAUUAUCAAAAAACCGCAGCAAAUCUUGCCCUUCUUGAAGCCUUAGACAUUGCAAAACGGUAUAAAUUGGCCUGUUUAUAUUGCUUGGUUGACUACAUUCCAAUCCUUUGGGUAAAACUACCUGAAGAAAUUAAGGAAGAAUAUACGAGAGGGCCUAUGGUAAACAGAGACACUCAACUAGAUUAUUAUUGGGCUUACUUUCUGAAGGAAAAAGAAUCUGAGAUAGAUGAUGUCAACUCUUCAUAUUUAAAGGAGAUCUCCUUUAAUCAUGACGCUUUUAAAUUUUCAGCAUUAGAAGGUAAUACAGCAGCAACCAAAUAUUUUUUUCAAAAGAUAAGUAAAGAAAUGAAGAUCUCAUUUUUAUAUAGAACUGUCCAUUUUGUUAUAGCAAACCGAUGUAGAAAUCCAAUAAGAAAGACUUUCCCUGACAAAAAUGUGUCUGAAGUCUUCUGUUACUUGUUGGACCUGUUGAGGCCCGAACAUCAGAUACAGGUUUUAAAGGAUCGCCCUUACCAAGUUAUGAGAUGCUUUUUGGAUUGGCCACUGCAAGAUUUUUUCUUGGACGUCACAGAUCUAAUCUGGACUUGCUUUCCACAAAACAAGUAUAGGCAUCUGCUGCUCAAAUUUACUUCUAUUAUUAAAUACCCAAGCUACUAUUUUCCAGAUUUGGUGCAGAAAUUCUUUCUACGAAGUCCUAGUAGUUUUAAAAAGCUAUUUAUCAGCGAAUCAGGCUCUUUUAUUACUGAAUUUUCCUGUGCCGAAGAUUCAGAAGGUCUCGAAGUAAUUUUUAAAAAUGUAGAUCUUGGAGAUAGAUCGGAACUUGUCUCUAGUGACUGGUUUCUACAAUUUCUUGAGGAUCUUAUAACGAGAGACAAGUGGCAUUUGGCUGAACUAUGCGUUCGAGAGACUUCUCUGUCAAAAGAAAACAAAAAGAACCUGAAAAGGGCUCUUGUUAGAUUCUAUCCUGAGAUUGGGAUGUUGUGUAACAGACGAGAAUGCAAAGGAUUUUUUGAAUUCCUCGACCAAACUGAUGCAAGUGAGCUUCUGGAAUGAGUCAAUAACCAAAAUUAACGCUCUAAAGUAACAAUAAUUUCCUUAGAAGAGAUUUAACUGAAAUCCAAUUCCACUUUCGGUUUAAUUAAUCCUUUUUAAAAAAUAAUGCGCCAUCAGUACUACGCAUCAAAUGAAAGUGAUACUUUCGUUGCCCUUGUCAGAGGUCAAUAUAUGUAUUCCAUUGCCGCGUGACCGGAAAUCCCAUGUUAUAUAAGACUAGUGAUCAUUUGUUUCGGCCCUUUUUCCCUUCUUCCCCUUUUUUUUCUUACUUCUGCUUUUGUGCCGUGCUGCGUCUCUGCUUGUAAAUAAAAUUGCUUUCCCGAGAUGAAUAUUAAAGAGAGAAUAAACCGAAAUUAAAAAUA